AUCGACAGAUGAAUAAACACCAUCAUCAUCCGUCACCAAGCUGGGAAAAUGGCUUCCCAGAAACCCCAACUUAAGCUAGUUAUCUUCAUCUGGGCUUCUUUCACAUGCCUCAGUUCAAGCUAUGUUCUUCCCAGCGAGUUCUCAAUAGUGGGCCGUCCCGGCGAGGUGGUUGCAGAAGAGAGGGCGGCGGAGCUCUUCCGGCAAUGGAAGGAGAAGCACGGCAAGGUGUACCGGUGCCGCGGAGCGGAGGAGAAGAGGUUCGAGAACUUCAGGAACAAUUUGAAGUACGUGAUGGAGAAGAACGGCGAGAGGAGAUGGGGCUGGGAGCGUGUUUUGGGUCUGAACAAGUUUGCGGAUAUGAGCAAUGAGGAGUUCAGGAAGGUGUACACUUCCAAGGUGAAGAGGCCUGUGAAUAAGAGGAUGGGGGCACAGAGGGGCCGGAGCGCCGCGGCCGUGAUGUCGUGCGACGGGCCCUCGUCUUUGGAUUGGAGGAAGUUUGGGGUUGUCACUGCGAUCAAGGACCAAGGAGAUUGUGGAAGCUGCUGGGCGUUCUCAUCGACCGGAGCCAUGGAAGGGAUCAACGCCAUAGUCACCGGAGACCUGGUCAGCCUCUCCGAGCAAGAACUCGUGGAUUGCGACACCACCAACUACGGCUGCGAAGGCGGAUACAUGGACUAUGCUUUCGAGUGGGUUGUAAACAAUGGCGGCAUCGAUUCGGAGUCUAAUUAUCCUUACACAGGAGUAGACGGAACCUGCAACACCACCAAGGAGGAAAACAAAGUUGUAUCAAUUGAUGGCUACACAGAUGUAGAAGAAGAAGAAUCUGCACUUUUCUGUGCUGUUCUUAAGCAGCCUAUUAGUGUUGGCAUUGAUGGUGGUGCGAUAGAUUUUCAACUAUAUACAGGGGGGAUCUAUGAUGGGUCUUGCUCGGACAAUCCAGAUGACAUAGAUCACGCAGUUCUGAUAGUGGGAUAUGGUGCAGAAGGAGAUGAGGAAUACUGGAUCAUAAAGAACUCAUGGGGAACUGAAUGGGGGAUAGAAGGGUAUGCUUAUAUAAAAAGGGGCACUAGUAAAAAAUACGGGGUCUGUGCAAUCAACGCCAUGGCUUCUUAUCCAACUAAAGAUUCUUCCUCAUCUUCGCCACCUCCUUAUCCCUCUCCAGCAUCCCCUCCACCGCCACCACCACCACCACCACCUCCACCACCCCCCUCUCCAUCCCCUAGCCAGUGUGGUGACUUCUCCUACUGCCCUGCAACUGAGACUUGUUGCUGCAUUUUUGAAUUUUUUGACACUUGCCUCCUCUAUGGCUGCUGCGAGUACACCAAUGCUGUAUGCUGUACUGGCACCGACUACUGCUGCCCCAGUGAUUAUCCAAUUUGUGACGUUGAAGAAGGGCUUUGCUUCCAGAAUUAUGGAGACUACAUUGGAGUAGCUGCUAAGAAGCGAAAGAUGGCAAAGCAUAAGCUCCCCUGGACUAAGCACGAAGAAACAGGGCAGAAAAGCCAAGCUCUGCAAUGGAAGAAAAACCAUUUUGCAGCAGUGCUCUGAGAAAGGGGAAUGCUAUGUUCAUCAGUUGAUCAAUUUCCAAAAGACGGUUAGAUUGUUUUCUUCCUGGCAGAAGCAUUUUCUGCCUUGUUGUUUUUAGAACAUUUGCUUGGGAUUAAGCUCAUGUGUUGAGCACAGUAUGAAACCGUACAGAGAGAGGGGGAAAAAUAUGAUUUGCUAUGGAAUAUGAUGUAUGACGGGGUACUUAGUUUCAUACAUUCAUUACAAACAUGGUUCAUUUGUUAAACUUGAUUUGCAGUAGAGUGAAGCUAAAA